CUGCCAUUGGUAUUACCUCUUUCUCAUAUAUAUCCCUCAUCUCCUUUCUCUCUUCUUUCAAUCUCUUAUACCUCAAUAUAUCAGCUUUUUCCUUUUUUUUUUCUUAUUAUUUCUUUCAAUCAUGGAAAUUGUUGCUAAGUCCAAAAAACACCACCAUUAUUAUUCACCUUUCCCUUCUUGUUUCCGCCGCCCUUUAGAGGUAGCUGCCGCCGCCUCCGCUCGUCCUCUACCGCCACCGCUGCCGCAGCCACCGCUUGCUGCUAAUCCCAACCUCGCCACCUCCCUUUACCAAACCCACCUCGGCCUCUUUGCUCUCACUUGGUCUCGCAAUCUCUUCGGUAGAUCUUUUCACAUCCAUUUUCUCCUCAACGAUUCUGAUGGAGUUGGAGCUGACUACAAUAAUACAAUCUCUUCUCCUCAUUUAUCUUCAACCAGUACCCCGUCUUUCCACCUCAAUAUUAAGCCCUUUAUUUUCUGGAAAAAACAUGGGUCAAAAAAGCUCGACGGAGAUAACAAGGUUGUUCAUAUCUUUUGGGAUCUUUCUAAAGCUAAAUUUGGAUCUGGGCCUGAACCUAUAUCUGGAUUUUACGUAGCUGUUAUUGUUAACGGCGAAAUGGUUCUUCUCGUCGGCGAUUUAAACAAAGAAGCUUACGCUAAAACCCGAGCUCGAAUGCCAGAAAAGAAGGAGAAUCAAAAUCAAAAUCCGAAUCCGAAUCCAAACCCAAACCUGGUGCUGAGAAGGGAACACGUAUGUGGAAACAAACUCUACAAAACAAAAGCAAAUUUCGGUGGGAAAGAGAAAGAAAUCUCAAUCGAUUGCAGGUUAGGAGAAGAUCCAAGGCUAUAUUUCAGCGUAGAUAACAAAAGGGUCUUACAAAUUAAGCAUUUGAAAUGGAAAUUCAGAGGAAAUGAAAGAAUUGAAGUUGACGGAGUUCCAGUUUUGGUUUCAUGGGAUGUGUACAACUGGUUAUUUGACGAUGACGAAGAUGGGUAUGCUCUGUUCAUGUUCAAAUUCGAAAAAUCAAGUUACGAAUAUGUAGCUACUGAUGAUUCCAACUUUAACAAUGGAGUUCAAUUGUGGUCUCAACAAUCUUGUGGAUUCGGGUUCGAGACAAAAAUGAUGAAAAAGGGUGUAUUGAGAAGUUCAAGAAGUUCAUCUUCUUCAUCUUUAUCUUCAGCAUCUUCAACUUGUAGCUCUGUAAUGGAAUGGGCUAGUACUGAAGAAAAUGAAUUGAAAGGUCCUUCUGGAUUUUCUUUGUUGGUUUAUGCUUGGAAAAGCUGAGGAGGAUUGGUACUUUACUACUGCUAACUUUUAUGUUUUUCUUUGAAUUUACUAACUCAUUUAUUCAUGUAAUAUAGCAAGAAUAAACCAAGAAAUUUAAUACUAGGUGUAUAGUUUAGGUCUUUAAAUAGAAGUUUUCUAGCUGCUACUAACAUUGAAUGCAACUGAAGAAUGUACUAUUAUUCUAUUUUUGUCUUUAUUUUUCUGAUUGUUUUUGAGUGAAUGGUGAGUUUUUUUAUUAAUUCGAGUGGAUCCAAUGUAACAAUGCUCUUUGAGAAAAAUAUAAAGAAAUUACAUA